GAAGAAUGUAAAAUUAAUUUUAAGAUAAUAUGACAGAGAAAAUUAAUAAUUUUAAUAGUAUAAUUACUAAUACAAAUUCAACUAAUGUUGAAAUGUUAUCAACAAAUCAAUUCAUUGAAUUACCAUUAAUUGCAUCUUAUAGUAAUGCAUUCUUGGAGACUAUUGCUGAAGAGACAAGUGAAUUAGAAACAUCAGAGAAUGGUACAUUUAAUAAUGAUAUUUUUGAUAUGGAUAAGAUAAGUUUUUGUACUGAUAAUGAUAUAAAAAUAUGUGAUAUUGAUUUAUCUAAUCAGUUAUCUGGAUUAAAGCAAGAUAAUAAUAAUAAUAAUAAUGAUAAUAAUAAUAGUAAUAAUAAUCAAAUUUCACUUGAUAAUUUCGAAAAUCUAAAUGAAUAUUUAUCAAAGAAUUUUAUAUCUUCAUCAAAUACAUUAUAUAAAGUAAAACAAACUGAAUUUUCUUCAGAUAACCUUGAAAAUAAUCAACAACCAUCAACGAAAUUAAAAUUAUUUCAACAACAAUUAUAUAAUUCAUGGACUUUAAAUCUACCUGUUAAAUUAGAUGAUAAAAAAGAGAUUAAUUCAUUUGAAGAUCAAUUAUACACUGAUUUAGGUAAUUCAACAAAUUCUGGAUUAACUAAAAAUGGUUUUCUAAAAGAUGUUAAUAAUAAUAAUAAUAAUAGUACUAGUCAGUAUACAAAUUCUGUAAAUACUGACGGAUUUGUUGAAUUAACUGAAGAUUCUAAAGAGAAUCAUAAAAAAAUAAUCAAUACAAUAAAACAGAAUAAAUCACAAAAAGAAUUCACUUUACCAUUAUGGAAUGAUGAGGCUAUAGAUGAAGAAUUAUUGAUUUUAUCAACUGAUUAUAAUAGAAAUCAACUAUGCUGGACAUUGACACCAAGUUAUGCUACAAUGAAUUCAUCUUUAUCCCAGUGUAAAACAAAUGAAGAUGUAAAAAUAUUAAUUGAUAAGAAACUGAUCAAUAUCCAAUAG